AUGAGUAUGUCAGCCUCUGCUUCCUACGAAGUCACUGGUAAAGCAGUCCAGUUGAAAAGGGCAGGCAUAAAAAUCAUGAAUAAUGGAAUUAUAAAUGAGGUCACAGGUGAAAAUUACGGAUUUAUCGACUCAGAAGAGAUAAUUUUCAAAGAGCAGAUUGGUUAUGGCUCUGGCGGCAGCGUCCAUCUAGCCACCCAUGAGCCAAGCGGAACACAAUUGGCUAUUAAGAGUUUGAAUGUGUAUGACAAGGAAAAACGCCAACAAUUGCUUAACGAGCUUAGUAGCCUCAAUGAUGGUAUGCAAUGAGAUGAUCUUGUGCAGUUCUAUGGAUCAUAUUAUCAUAAUGGGCGAGUCAGAAUUGUACUAGAAUAUAUGAAUUGCGGAAGCCUCAGAAGUUUCAUGGAUACUAUCAGAAAUCAAUUUCCAGACCAGACUCCACUUCUUCCAGAAUCUGUAAUCUGAAGAUGAACAUACCAAAUUCUCAAGGCUUUAGAUUUCUUGCAUAAGAAGAGGCAUCAGAUACACAGAGAUAUGAAGCCUGAAAAUAUUCUAGUCAACAGUUUAGGGGAGUUCAAGUUGACAGAUUUUGGCAUCAGCAAACAACUGUUUAACACUUUGAAUAUUUGAAAGAGCUUUGUAGGAACUCUUGCUUACAUGUCUCCAGAAAGGAUGAACAGUGAGUCUUACUCCUAUCCAAGCGAUAUUUGGAGCUUAGGCUUGAUAAUCUAUGAAAUGGCAAUGGGAAGGUUCUCUUAUCCCUUGUGUAAGACUUUCAUUGAAAUGAGAGAGGUUGUCUUGAACACUGAUCCUCCUACAUUACCAAAUGAUGACACUUUUAGCGAGAAUAUGCAAGAUUUCUUGAAGGAAUGUCUAAAGAUUGAUCCUCAAGAGCGUGCUAUAGCUAGUGAAUUACUAGAACAUCCUUGGAUUCAGGAAAACCUUAUGAUAGAGUCAGAAGUAAUCCAGUGGGUUCAAGAAAUCUCUGAACUUAAAGAGCAAAUCAGUAAUGAUACAAGAGUAGGUAAAGAGGAUCUCGAAAUGUUAGGUCUCCAAGAAUUCAUAGGUUUGAAAUAA